AAACUCGCUGUGCUUUGACCGCUGCAACUUUUGCAGAGACUCCUCACUCCACAGACAUGUCGCACAAUAGCUGAAGCAAGCCUGUCACCGCGGCUCGUCAGCGGAGCCUCCACGAACUCACCGCGGCUCGGAUUUGAAUCGCACAGCCUCCGUCCCGUCGCUCCGCGCGCACCGGACGCUGCGUUUGAAGACGCUUGGAUAUGAAUUAUGAGCAUUUUCCUCACUAAUGAACCCGGCCAGUAAUGCAGGAGACCGCGGCGACUCUCUCAUCAGUGUUUCAAGAUGGCAGAUUUUUAUUGAGUUUUGAACAUAUAUCUCGCUUUAUUUUUUGCCAUGAAUAACAGGAAUCCUUGCACCGAUGGCCCCUGUAUACGAAGGUAUGGCCUCGCAAGUGCAAGUGUUCUCCCCUCACACUCUCCAGUCAAGUGCCUUCUUUAGCGUGAAGAAACUGAAGGUGGAGCAGAGUUGCAACUGGGAUAUGACCGGGUACGGCACACACAGCAAAGUCUACAGCCACAACAGCAGCAAGAACGUGUCGGCCGCCAGCGGACCCCUAGGGAUCAACAGCUCCCUGCAGGUUGCGAGCUCCACCUUGCCCUACGAGCAGGCGCUCAUCUUCCCAGCCAGCGCGGGCCACAUCGUGGUCGCCUCAGCCAGCAGCACCUCGGGGGCCGUGGGGUCUCUGUUGGGCGGCGGGGGUGGAGGCAGCAGCAGCAACAGUAGUGGCGGUGGAGCUGGCGGCUGUGGCAGCGGCGUGGGUGGCGGGGUCGGCGUUCAUAACCUGACGCGCCGCAGCACAGUCAGUCUCCUGGAUACGUACCAGAGAUGCGGGCUUAAGCGCAAGAGCGAAGAGCUUGACAACAACAGCAGUGUGCAGAUAAUCGAGGAGCACGGCCCGCCGAUGAUCCAGAACGGGGCGGCGAGCGGCGCCACGGUGGCCACGGCGGCCACCGCCACGUCUACGGCGACGUCCAAGAACAGCGGCUCCAACAACGAGGGGGACUACCAGCUGGUGCAGCAUGAGGUGCUCUGCUCCAUGACCAACACCUAUGAGGUGCUGGAGUUCCUGGGGAGAGGAACCUUCGGGCAGGUGGUCAAGUGCUGGAAGAGGGGCACCAACGAGAUCGUGGCGAUCAAGAUCCUAAAGAACCACCCGUCUUACGCACGGCAGGGUCAGAUAGAGGUCAGCAUCCUGGCGCGUCUCAGCACGGAGAGCGCCGAUGACUACAACUUUGUGAGGGCCUACGAGUGCUUCCAGCACAAGAACCACACGUGCCUGGUAUUUGAGAUGCUGGAGCAGAACCUGUACGACUUCCUCAAGCAGAACAAGUUCAGCCCCCUGCCGCUCAAGUACAUCAGACCCGUGCUGCAGCAGGUGGCCACGGCGCUCAUGAAGCUGAAGAGCCUGGGGCUGAUCCACGCCGACCUGAAGCCGGAGAACAUCAUGCUGGUGGACCCGUCCCGACAGCCCUACCGGGUCAAAGUCAUCGACUUUGGCUCAGCCAGCCACGUGUCCAAAGCAGUGUGCUCCACGUACCUACAGUCCAGAUACUACAGGGCUCCAGAGAUCAUCCUGGGCCUGCCCUUCUGCGAGGCCAUAGACAUGUGGUCGCUGGGCUGUGUGAUAGCUGAGCUCUUCCUGGGAUGGCCGCUCUACCCCGGAGCCUCGGAGUACGAUCAGAUCCGGUACAUCUCACAGACGCAGGGUCUCCCUGCUGAGUAUCUGCUGAGUGCGGGGACAAAGACCACCAGGUUCUUCAACAGGGACCCCGACUCCACAUAUCCUCUCUGGAGACUAAAGACUCCAGAGGACCAUGAGGGCGAGACGGGGAUCAAGUCCAAGGAGGCUCGCAAAUACAUCUUCAACUGCUUGGAUGAUAUGGCGCAGGUGAACAUGACCUCUGACCUGGAGGGCAGCGACAUGCUGGCGGAGAAGGCCGACCGGCGGGAGUUCAUCGACCUGCUGACCAAGAUGCUGACCAUCGACGCCGACAAGAGGAUCACCCCCAUCGAGACGCUCAACCACCCCUUCGUCACCAUGUCGCACCUCCUCGACUUCCCGCACAGCACACACGUCAAGUCGUGCUUCCAGAACAUGGAAAUCUGCAAGCGCCGCGUCAACGUGUACGACGCGGUCAACCAGAGCAAGACUCCCUUUAUCACCCACGUGGCCCCCAGCACCUCCACCAACCUCACCAUGACCUUCAACAACCAGCUGAACACUGUGCACGCCCAGGCCACCAGCCUGGCUCCCUCCUCUGCCAACAAUGCCACCCUUUCCUUUGCAAGUCCCGAUGUCUCCAUACUAAACUACCAAUCUGCACUCUACCAGCCCGCCGCGGCCUCCAUGGCAGCCGUGGCCCAGAGGAGCAUGCCCCUGCAGCCGGGGGCGCCGCAGCUCUGCGCCGCCCGGCCCGACCCGUUCCAGCAGGCGCUCAUCGUCUGCCCGCCCGGCUUCCAAGGGCUGCAGGCGUCCCCUUCCAAGCACACCAGUUACUCUGUGCGGAUGGAGAAUGCUGUUCCCAUAGUGACGCAGGCCCCUGGUGCCCAGCCUCUGCAGAUCCAACCCGGCCUCCUUACACAGCAGGCCUGGCCCAGCGGCACCCAGCAGAUCCUGCUGCCUCCAGCCUGGCAGCAGCUCACCCACACCUCGGUCCAGCACGCCACCGUCAUCCCCGACUCCAUGGGCAGCGCACAGCCGCUCGCCAACUGGAGGAGUUCCCACCCUCAUGGCAGCCAUUAUAAUCCCAUCAUGCAGCAGCCGGCCUUGUUGGCCGGUCACGUCACGCUCCCGUCCAACCAGACGCUCAACGUGGGAGUGGCGCAUGUUAUGCGGCAGCCUUCCACCAACAGCAACUCUUCUUCCAAAAAGAACAAGCAGCACCUGAUGUCGGCCAGGAACAUGUCGGCCUACGAGGUGACGUCCUCCCAGGCCGUGCUGUCCCCGCAGCGCUCCAAGAGGGUGAAGGAGAACACGCCCCCCCGCUGUGCCGUGCUGCAGAACGGCGUGGCCCCCAACUGCCCGCCCCCGCAGGGCUGCGUGGGGGGCGGCGGGUGGGGGGCCGGCGAGGCGGAGCAGGCCUCCAGCACCACCCACGACCACCAGCACCAGCACCAGCACCACGUCCCCAGACAGACCAUCAUCAUCCCCGACACGCCCAGCCCUGCAGUCAGCAUCAUCACCAUCAGCAGCGACACAGACGAGGAAGAUGACCAUAAGCAGAACAACAGCUCAUCGUCGAAGCAGAGGAAGAACGUCAUCAGUUGCGUGACCGUCCACGAUUCGCCCGAGUCCGACUGCUCCAGCAACAACAGCCCCUACGGCAACAACAACAGCUACGACACGAAGACCUCCACGCUGGACAACUACAACAACGGGAACCCCCGCACCAUCAUCAUCCCCCCGCUCAAAACCCAGAACAAUGAGGGGCAGAGCGAGUGUGAGCGCCUGAUGCCAGAUGCCACGAACCAUCAGAAUUCCGCUUACAAGUUCAAAUCCUCCAACGCCUUGCUGUCUGGUAGCAAUCACGUGCCGGGGGGCGUGGCCGGAGGCGGGUCGUACCGGCAGCAGCGCUCCGGGCCACACCCCUUCCAGCAGCAGCCUGUCAAUCUUAGCCAGGCCCAGCAGCACAUGGAGAGGAGCGGCGGGCACCGGCGCCAGCAGGCCUACAUCGCGCCCACCAUCGCCGCCCAGGCCCCGUACCCCUUCCACCACAACAGCCCGUCUCACGCGGGCGGCGUCCACCCGCACCUGGCCGCCACGCACCUGCCCAGCCAGCCCCACCUCUACACCUACACGGCCCCCGCCGCGCUGAGCUCCACCGGCGCCGUGGCCCACCUGGUGGCGUCGCAGGGCCCCGCGCGCCACGCGGUCCAGCACGGCAGCUACCCGCCCGGCAUCGUCCACCAGGUGCCGGUCAGCAUGGGCCACCGCGUGCUGCCGUCGCCCACGCUGCACCACGGCCAGUACCAGGCCCAGUUCGCCCACCAGGCCUACAUCAGCGCCUCGCCCGCCUCCGCCGUCUACACUGGAUACCCGCUGAGCCCCACCAAAGUCAACCAGUACCCUUACCUCUAGAGACGACGCUGACCAACACUGGAGAGCCUGGCCCAGCGCUGCUGCUCCCCCCACCCCCCCACCCCCUCUACGCCCGCCUGUCCCGAGCUCCCACAGCAUCCCAAACAUCCUCUCCGGAACCUCAGACGUAAACAGAGACAGAGGAACAUGCAAUCCUCGCUCAACUGUCACGUAUAACUUGAAGAUAUUAACGACAGAGAGAAGAAGAAGAAGAAGAAGAAGAAGAGAGGUUCACAACCUCUCUAGAAGGGAACGAUGGGGAGGAAUUUUUGAGGGGUGCAGUUGUUGUUUUCCUUUAGUUUAGUUUAGUUGCUUUCUUUUCUGAAAGGAGCCGUUUUUGCUUUUAUUUGACUUUUAUCACUUUAUGAGGAAAGUACUGUUUGAUUCAUUUCACCGUGAUAUUUGAACCAGGCCUUUUUCGGGACGGUGGAGCUUUCUUUUUUUUUUUUGGGGGGGGGUUGUUUUCCUUUGCUUCCCCCUCUUGCGUUUUGGAAGUGACUGUUGAACAGAGGUUACUGACUGGAAGUUCGAAAUCCCAACGGAACUGGGACAAGGUGAAAUACGGAAACCUGCUGCUCUUCAAAGAAAAAAAUAUCGAUGGCCUUGAACUGUCUUAAUAUUUCCAAACCAUUCACGGUGUGGGAGGAAACGAGAGGUGACUGACGCCCCCGCACGCAUGCUCCACCUCCUCCGGUCGAGGAGGCCUCUGGAAAUAUAACCAACAGGAGACAAGAAACUUUUUAGUGUAUUUAUAGAUAUUUUUUCCCUUUCAUUUCACCUUUAUGAUGAUAUUUCAGUUCUAGCUCGGCCCUGUUCUUAGAAUGUAGCAGUCUACACCUGUUUGUUUUAAGAAGACGACUCGUUUUUUUUCCUGAUACCAAUAGAUUUAUUUGUUCUUUUUUUAAUUAAUUAAUGUGAUUGCACAAAGUGGUUAUAAUAACAUAGGCAUGUACAACGUGAUUGUCUGUGUGUGCUACUGUCAGCCAUGCGUGUGUCCUCCACCUCCUGGAAACCCUUGUAAGUCUUUAGGUUUGGACCAUUGUUCCCUCGUAGUGCCUUACAGAUAUUACGUCACAGUUUACGUGGCUCCUGAAAGCCACAAGAAACUCUAGCUGUACUUAUAGAGACGUGAUCCCCCUGGUUUGACAUCCUCGUCGGGGCAGUCGUGCAGUAGCUCUCUUCCAGGUGUAGCCCCACCCCCCCUGCUGUUCCUCGAAGGUGUCACGCUGGGUCUUUAAUCACGGGGUUCUUACCAAAAACAGACCAAUUCUCACGUUCGCUGCGGAUGUUAAUGUAAAUAUGAAAAUGUACAAUACUGCUGUAGCUCCCGGUGGCACCCAGUGUUUGGCUUUAUGUGUUUUGUUUAGUUUUUACUUUAGAAUUCGCGCCGCGGAGCAGAAUCCCAGCUCGCUCGUCACGAGCUGGAGUGGAGACACGGCGGAGGACGCUCUUUUCAAGUUUUAAAAGCCAGUCUGAGAGGAGGGCCUUACAGGAAGUGACUGUUGCCAUGAGAGUGAUUCUGUGAGGCUGCACCGAGGAGACAGAACAUCCAGAGAGAGAGAGAGAGCGAGAGAGAGAGCGAGAGAGAGAGAGAGAGAGAGAGAGGGAGAGUUGUUCGAAAGCGAAGGGGCUGGUUGGAGGCGCAGGGGUCGGUUUAGGUAGGGCAGUGCGGGGCAGGGCCACGCUCUCUAUCUUAAAUUGGACUACAAUGGUAGCAAGUUGGCACUGAGCAGGUUGAUAGUAACACUGAGCCUGGUGGCUGGCAGGGGCCGCGAUGGGGGGGGGGGGGGGUUCUGAGAAUUGGGUUCUCCGGCAAAAGACAAGUGGGAGGGAACCGAGCAGAAGGGGAGGCUCACACCUGGAAGGGCGCCGUGGGUUUGUCGGCCGCUGUCCAUUUGUCUUCGUCCACCACAGACACGCACCCCUGGACGCUCCGAGAACAGAUAGGGCUGUCGCUUUUGUGUGUUUGCUGCUCCGCCUCACAGGCGUCAUGUCUAGCCGCACCCUCUCCUCCGUUGGUCUGUCCCCGCUCCUUCGCGGUGUACGCCAUAGUACUUGCAUUUGAAGUGAUUCUGUGUUCACUUAACGUUACCUUGAACCUUUUUUUUUUUUUUUUUUUGACAUGGCUGUAGUACAUGUGUUCAUUUUUAGAGAUUGUUGCAAUAAUUCUUGUGGAUGUUUUAUCAGAGCGACUGCGUGUGCGUGCGCGUGUGUGUGUGCGCGUGUGUGUGUGUGUUUUUAUUAUAUGUACGGCGCAUUUCUACUUUGUAACCCGGGGGGUGAUGUACAGUAAUGCUUAGUAUUCCGUGGAGGUGGGUGCACCUGUGUGAAGGGUUGCGACGCUGCUGGUGGUGGUGUUGCGUUGGGGCUCCUAUGGAUACACACACCAAGCGGUCCAGCAACUCUCCACCUCCCGUCAGCUCCAUGAAAGCCUUGGGUCCGGACUCUUAAACAUGUGAUUACAUAGUGCGUCGCUGGUUACAUCACCCUGUCUCUGUUCAGUCGAUGUUGUCUUUUUACUUUAUUGUGUCGACUUGGUUCCUUCACGCUCACUGGGUUCUAAGCACACGCCAUCUGUUUCUUUCCACUGAAACCUUGUGGCUCCUCUGUCAACGAGACAAACUACUGAAACAUUCCACUGUUUGAGAGACUCCGGCGUCGCCCCGCGCUGCACUACUGUCCUGUCGCCCCCGCUCUCGUCGGCACGGCGACGGCGCCGCCGCGGCCCGACCCCUUUUGUUGCGCUCCUCCCACCAAAGACUUCAACGGAUCGACCCUGUACAGCACAGCACAGUUCAUUCUGAGCAAUCCUCCACCUGCGCGGCUAGAAUAGAUUGGCAAUAACCUUCGGUCUCAUGUUUUUAAGUGCUUUUUAGGUCAUGUUGUGUUACAACCAGGCAUACGGCGCAGUAGUAAGUACACAGGGAGGAUUAAACAAAGCGAACACAUACAGCACAAUCCUGAAUUUGUUUAGAAUCUGGUACAAAAAGCUGUUUAGUCGACUUUUCUUUACCCCUCAUGCUCAUACGCCCCUGUUUAGACUGAAUAAUUAUUUAAUGUCUAUCUAAAUUGUUUUUUUAAGCCUGUUGUUUUCAUGUUAUUGAUGUGUAGCUUUAUUGCUGUUGCAAGAAAAUGAAUUUGUACCUGUCAUACAUUAGCGUGCCAUGGACUAGAAUGACGGAUAAAAAUGAAAUUAACCCACUCAAAAAAUCAACUGUACCUUUAAAACCAGGGCCAUCUGCACAAAAUGAAUGUACUACAGUUUGUGACCUGCGGCGCCUGAGGAGGCUUUAGAGCUUUCUCAGUGGGCGACUAGGAGUUUCAUUUCUACACCAUUUGUGACCGUGCAUGAUGCAAUAAUUAUACAUCUGAUCCCCAGCAAAAUCACAGUGAGACAAAUACUAGAAAACCAUCACUGUCCUCAUAAUUAGGGUUUAUAGAAUAAUCACUUACACAAAUUAACCAUUUGGAGAAGCCCAGUAUGCACACGCUUGAUGCUUAUAAAACCUUAGUCUAUCACCCUGCUUUUAGUGUUUUUAAAGGGGAAUCAGAAAUGUGAACUACCAAAAUGUGCUUAAGCAAAGUGUGAACGUGGUCUGUGUUGCAGAGGUGGCGGCUCGGAGGACUGCCUUCCAAAUAACCAUCAAAACCUCCAAAGCUUUAAAGCGAUAUUAAAGUUAGAGAGAACUCAACAAGGCACCGUGUCCCUCCGCCAUGACAGUCAAGCUUCCGCCGAUGCUCGCGCUGUUGUGAAUCCUCCUCCUCCUCUUCCUCCAGGAAACACUGAGAAACAUUCCGGAAGUCACAGCCUCAUUGGGCAGAGUUUCUUCCCAAAGUGGGAAGAGGUUAGAAACAAGUGUGAUGUAGCGUGUCGCCAGGAAAUCCAUGAUCGAGCUGCAUAAGCAUUCUUAAAGCCCUUUUCGAUGAGAGUGUGUGUUUUUUUGUUUGCUUCUUUGUUGAGGAAAUCUGCUCCUUUUCCUGGUGGAUCCUUGGUGGAAAUCAGGGUGGGGUGGUCAAGGUUUGAUGCCGUCACUAAUGAACCAUAAUCAGUUCAAAAAUUCAUUAUUGUUUUCCACUGUUCUACACUUCUUCACUUCUACACUUCACAGGGAUAUGACAUAGUUUCUUAUUUGUACCAGGCCCAGAUUUUGGUCUUGCUUUUCCCAACUAAUUGCCAACUGACCUUGAGUUGUAGUGAUAAGAGAAGGAAUGUGGCAGGAGACCAAAGCUGCGUUCAAAGCCAGAUUUGCGCACCUACUCGACGAAGCAUCUCGUAUUUAGCAAAACCUCACGUUCCCUGUCACAACCCGCCACUAAUUUUGUGUAGCUCAACAGCUACUUGCACAACACUUAUGCAAGUGAUUUCAUUUACAUCUACUUGAGACCUAAGAAUGCAUCAAACCAUGACCCCCUUUGUCGUCCAUUGCUGUACGGUUCCUCAAUGGUGUAAAAUCUCAUUCUUUGUCAGUGAAGCUAACGUGUGCUGCAGUAUUUUCCUAGUAUACUUCUAGUUUAUCGUCUUUUUAUUAUUUACUUUUGUUUUUUGGGGUGUGAUGUCUCAUUAUUUCAAUCUGUUAACGUAGCAUUCUAUGUAUACCCUGCUCCUUAGCCUAAUAUUAUUAAGUAUGUUAUGAGAAUGGAUAUUUUACUGGCUUUAUAGAAUGUUUAAAUAAAUAUAAUGACAAUAAGAAGAAGGAUUAAUUAAACCUCCUAACAAGUUGAGUACUUGCUACUAAGCGCUUGUGUUACCAUUAUGAUGUUGUGUGCUUCUCUUAAUCAUAUUCGUUGUAGAAAAAUGGAGUGAAUUUAUAUUAGGCUUUGAAAAAACUAAUGAUAGAAUUGUACAUUUUUGAGGAGGAUUUUAACAGACAAACAACUUUGUCAAAUAGAAGAAUAUAGUUAUUUUAACUGUCCUCUUUACUAACUGUAGGGUGACAAGGGGCUCGCGUUGUGGUGAACUAUGUUAUAGCUUGUUAUUCACUGUUACUUUUGAUCAUUUUUUCGGUCUCCAAGGUGAAUCGAGUUAUUAAUGAGAAUUUGUAUGCUCACAUAUGCAUAUUGUAUAUGUGUAGAAAUGUAAUCACACUUUGUCUUGGAUUUACAUUAAACUGUUAAGUCACGG